AUGAUUAACGUGGGAAAGGAGGGCACAAAAGAAGUGGCUCAGAAACAGCUGAAGGAUAUACUGGCAAUGAGUGUUGGUGGCGGUGGUCGCCCAGUCCACGCCGGUGGUGCACCGAAUGCUGCUGCUCCGAUGGGAAGUCAAAUGCCAAUGGGAGGACCUCGUCCAGCUGGUCCAGGUGGUCCAAUGCCAGGAGGAGCGCCAAAUGCUGCCUAUCCAGGAGGUCCAGCAGGUGGACCUACAGGAGCUCCCGCUGGUCCGCAACCCACCACGUUCAACAAAUUCCUUCAGCCAAUCAGCGAGUGUGAUGAAUCGAUUAACGAUAUUAUCGAUCAAAUCAGUGUGGAUCGUUGGCCAGUCCCCCAAGGCCACAGGCCGCUUCGCGCUACUGGCGCCGCGCUGGCAGUAGCUGUCACAUUGCUUGAGCAAUGCUUCCCCAACACUGGCGCCCGAUCAUUGCAUUCGUCGGUGGAGCCUGCCCACAUGGACCCGGGUGCAGUCGUUCGUUGA